AUGCAACCCCUCAUUUCCAAGCUAUUCACUUCAUGUACCGGCCAAUCGAGUUCUGCCGGUGGCUCACAAUCUGUCGAUUCCAUCGCCAGCAGCAUCACCGCAUUCUUGUUUGACCCGCGGGCCCAAGUUACUUUUGACUCUUGGUACAAACUAUACGUGGAUUUAUUCUCUGUCGAUCUGGCUGCCGAAGAAGACGCAUGGAAGGUAUGGCUUCUCCUUCGCAAACUAAGAACUGCUGAGCACGAACGCUAG